GAGAAGGAGCGUGGAGUGGGAAAGAUAGAAAAAGAAAAGAGAGAGAAAAAGCACACACUUUCACUUGGUGGACCCAUUUGUCCCUCUCUCAUCCUCAAACCCUAAAAAUUCACGCAUUUUUGCACUGUAAGUUGGCUGAAUCCCGUUCCUCUUCUUCUUCUGUCUCUCUCCCCAAGAAAUUACUCAGAUCAAAGCCCUUCAAUUUCGGAUCUCACACCUGUCGCUUCGAGGAAAGGAUGACCAGAGAACAUCCUCCUGAGCCCCUUGAUUUCUUCAUCUGGACUGUUGAGGAUGUUGGGUCUUGGCUCGAGGAGAUAAACCUUGGGGGCUACCGCCAGAUUUUCAAAGAAAAUGGUGUCAAUGGAGAAUAUCUAGAAAGCAUGUCUGUGUUUACAACCGAGCAGAUCCUUCACUUCAUAAGGAGGCAUCACAUGAAGUGGGGAGACUUCAUUACCCUCUGUAAAGAACUCAGAAGGAUUAAAGUGGCUUGCUUGAAAGGUGAGCAGAGGGUUCGACGGCCAUGGUGGGCACCGUCUUGUCUAUCCGUAGUCUUUGUUAAGGCAGCCAAACGCAACCGACAGUCUCGUGUUGUAUCUCUCAAGCUUGAAUCUUGACAUUACACUUUGGCUGUUUAUGUACGUACUUGUCUCUCUUCUCUUCUUUUCUUGUCCUUUUUUUUGGUUUGGGUUUGUUCGUGGCACAUGCACUAGGAAGAAACAAACUCAAGCCAAAAAGCUGUUUGGCUUGGUAAAAUCUUGCAAGCGGAAAAAAAAAUAGUUAUGCGUUUUGUACUUUGCUGUAUACAAAGCUUGCUCUCAGAUGUUUAAUUAUGGCUUGUGCAAUAUUUUAUGUGACAGAUAAUAAUAGUGUGACUAAUCUCAAAGUAGUAAUUUGAUUAUA